AGUGAGUAUGGGGGGGCCAAACGAGAAACCCCUCGCUCUCAGUUUUCAUCCUCAUUUAAGGAGCUGGCAGCAGUGAAAGAGAGGAAAAGACGAAGAAUUACAGCCACACUCAUUCAUACAGCUUCUGUCUGUGAACUUCAUCAUCAUCAUCACUGCUGCUUCUGAACACAGAGGCGAUGGCUGAGGUGGAGCUGCUCUCCACACCCCGUGAUACUGAGAUCAGCGAUGUGACCUGCGACUCGUUCCGGGUCAGCUGGGAAAUGUCCCAUGAGGACGCGUCCCGGGUGACGCAUUACUUCAUCGACCUGAGCCGUAAAGAGGGCAGCCAGCACAACCGCUUCAAGCACAGAGAUGUCCCCACCAAGCUAGUGGCAAAAGCAGGACCUCUGCCAAUGGCUGUGAGAGGCCACUGGUUCCUGAGCCCUCGAACAGAGUACUGUGUGGCUGUUCAGACCGCCAUCAGACAGCCGGACGGAGACUAUCAGGUGUCUGAAUGGAGCCAAGUAGUGGAGUUCUGCACUGGAGAUUAUGCCAUGGAGCAUCUCCAGCAGCUGUUAGAUAAAGCUCAGGCUGCUGCUGGGAGGCUGCUCAGGUUCUCCGUCUUCUACCGCAAUCAGAGUCCUGAAUACUUCCAUUAUGUCAGGUCAGAGUGUGGAGGUGCAAUGCUCCCAUCUUUCAAAGACAACAGUGGAAGUCACGGCUCCCCCAUCAACGGAAAGCUCCGCAGCGUCUUCCUCGGCUGCAACACAGAGUUCGACACAGGCCUCCCUCCCAAAGACUCCCCAUACGGCCCUCUGCGCUUCCAAAUUUCUGCCGAUCGUGUCCUCACCCCGAGUACAAACCUCUACUUUGCUGACUUCUACUGCAUGUACACAGCGUACCAUUAUGUAGUGCUGGUGCUGGCCCCUGCUGGAUCGGAGGGGGAUAGCUUUUGCAAGAGCCGCCUUCCACGACUGGACCUGUCAAGCAAUCCCUUCCUGACAUUCACGCCUGGAGACGUACCGGCCUUCUGUCACGCCAGUGACGUCAUUCUGGAGGUGUUGUACACAGAGCCCUUGCUUCUGGAGCACGGCAUACUCGCUCAGAUCAGCGGCCAUCACCAGCUCAUGAGCCUUUCCACUGCGAAUGCCAAAAAAGACCCGAGCUGUAAGGUGUGCAAUAUCAGUGUGGGCCGCUGAGCUGUGAAUGGCAGCUCUCACUGGAAGUGCAACCGGAAACUGGACCAUGAAAACCUCACUGCUCUGGAAAUGGACCCAAAGUUCUGAAUAAAUCUGAAUAAAUAGUCACACCUAUGAAAAGAGGUAUUUGGAAUUUGAAAAUACACCAAAGGCAUUGCACAAAAGAGGCAAGAAUAAAUAAAAAUGAAUGAGGUCAUGAUAGUCCGGCCACUUGUUAUGAAACCAAGCCAUAUGAUCUGUGAGGCAACUAUUCAGAUCUUAAAGAGACCGUUCACCCAAAAAUGUUUCAUCAUUUACUCAGUCUUUUAAAACCUGUAUAUUUUAAAGCACCGUAAAAGUGGUCCAUGAUGAGACUAGUGUUAUAUUUUGAAAGUCUUCUGAAGCCAUAUGAUAACUUGUGUGAGUCCACUUCCUUAAGACUAAUCAUAUAUAAAGGUUACAUUAUUGAAUUAUGUAAUUGAUUCUAUUUAUUUUUUGUAUUAAGUCAUUUGGGUUGUCACCUGUAAUUAAUUUGAUGAGUCGUUAUGUGCGUGUAUAUGCAUAAAUAGGUUACAUUAACUGUACAGAAUGCUUUAACAUAGAAUAAAACACUUCUGAAAGUUUCUGCAUGUUACUUUUGUAGGUUGUCUGUGUGAAAAUGAUUGUUUCAGUACAGCUCUGACCAAGUUUUAGUGGUUUUGAUGCACAAAAAAACAAAACAA